AUGCUAUCUCGUCACGUCCUCACUCACAGCCGCAAAGCGCAGCUGUCAAGAGGGGUCCAGUGGGGGUGGUCCGAGAUCGAUGUUCAAAGCCAGCCUGAGACGCAGAAGGCCACACCUCCCACUCGCCCUUUGGGGCGACCGGGGACAUUUUCCCCUUCUUCGUUUGUGGCUCCGACCACUGGAGGUCCAACGACUUCCUCGGGACCCCGUCCGCCUCAGCCUUCCGCUGCUAUUACUCUGCCCGGACAUGUGCAUGCGGGUGUGAAAAGACCCGGGUCUCCGUCAGGUCAAUAUGAUCCAGAUAGUAAACAGGACCCUCCUAUACCUGACCUGAAACGUUGA